AAUAAAUACAGCUCAAUGCCUCACUGUUACAGUAGUGAACAGUUGACAUUAUGCAGAGAGAAUGAGCUAAAACAAGAGUUUUUUAUAUGACUUCCCCCCAAUGGAUAAUAUUGAUUCAGCACAUUUAUAAUUGAAGACAGUUAAGUAAAGAAGAAGUGUGAAACUUUCAAUUCCUCAUUACACUAACUGUAGGAAAAGCCAAAGCUAACUGUGAUGAAAUACUUUCAUAGCCAAUGUUCGUUGAUAUUGACCAGACAUCUUCGGUGAAAAAGCUCAGCUUGUUUGCUACCGGAGAGGAUUUUAAUUUUACCUUUAAGUGGUGUGGAAGAAAGCCAGUGAUCAAGAAUUUAGAAACCUUAUAUGAUGACAUGGUAUUGAUUAGUGGUUUUAAACAAUCACCUGUGUUAGGAAGUUACGAGAGACAGACAUAAAGCUGUUUGACAAUUGAUGUGGAAUUAAUGUUUUAACAUAUACAUAUGUCUCACAAUUGGCAGGUGUUGAAUAUUUUAAAACAAACAAGUAGAAGAAGAUUGGUAAUUACCAACAUAUUGUCUGACAAAUCCCCAAGGGAUUGGAGAAAAAAAUUGGUUCUAGCUUCCAGGAUUUUAUGAUUUGUCGUUUGUAUAAUUUGUGUGUAACAAGAUUGGUUUCAUCCAAGUUACCUUACUAUCUUCGAGAUAAGAAUUCAUGGAAAGUUCUGAAUGGUUUCCUUGAUGUUUAUAUCCAUCAUACGAUCAAAUUCGUUAUGGUUACUCUUAAAUAUUUUACAAAGUGGAAUGGGAUUUAGUUUACGAUAUUUCAUUUCAACUGGAGUUCACGACAUGGCCUGAGAAACAACUGCGCUGCGGAAAUCUGGUUAACUCUAAAACUGACUAUAACACCAUGUUAUUUUUGGAUGUGAAGUGCUGGGAUAUCAAACAUUAUCAAAUAGAAAUAUUAUUAGUCUUCCAAGUUAUCUUCAUUUCUGUAGUUGCUGCUUACGUUAGAGAAGAGCACCAGUCCUUCAGUAUGCCUUAUUUUUUAAAUCGACCAAAUAAUGUGACAUUCCAUAGAGGAGAUACUGCAGUACUCCGUUGUGCUAUAGAAAAUAUUGGAACUAAGACAGUUAUAUGGAGACGAACAUCCGACCCUAAUCCUAUCACAAUAGGCGAGUUACAGUUUAUAUCCGACCCUAGGAUAGCUUUACAAAAAUUACCAGAGCGCAAGGAAUUUAACCUGCUCAUAAAAGAUGUCCAGCCAAAAGAUGGUGGUGUUUAUGAGUGUCAAGUCAGCGCCCGGAAAAAACUAACCAAGCUUAUUUUAUUAAGAGUCAAUAGUACAAAAGGAUAUAAUAUAACUGGAUAUAAAGGUAAACCACUGCCGGCAGCUCCAUCUAUAUUUGUGUCCGGUACCCAGUUCGUAGAAAAGGGUGACUCGAUUCAUUUAGUAUGCAACUCAUCGGGUAUCGAUAAUCCGCCAGAUAAUUUAGACUGGUUCAAAGAUGGUAUCAAAAUAUCACCGGACGCUCAUCAAAAAAUAACUUUGGAAAAAUAUAAAUUCACGGCAACCAAAACAUUAGUUAGUGUCUUAGUGUUAAAACACAGUCAAAUGGCUGAUGCAGGGACUUAUGUAUGCAGAAGUAGUAAUUUGGAUACAACCAGUGUCAAAGUUCAUAUAUUAAACGCGGGGUCUCCGAAUGUAAAACGUGGUACAUCGACAGUAGAAGAAAUGACUGGGACCACUGUGAAACUUAAACUAUCAUUAUGUGUGUUACUGGUGACUUUAGUGUUAGAUGUUUUAUUACUAUAUCAAUUUACUGGUGACAUAUUAUGAGUGCGUGUGUAAUUAUCAAAUGUUUUAACAUUAAUUUAUUUGUCAAUGCAAUAUAAACGGAAAAGGCAGCAGCGAGUAUACGAGAAGCUUUUUCUGUUUUUAAUCAUACACUUUAUACAUUGUACUGUAAUAUUUUAAAUAUUUCCACUUAUACGAUACAUUUGUAAAAUAAUAUGUUUUAUUGUACAUUAUAUUCAUACACACAUUUGUACAGAUAAUCACCAAUAGUUUCCCUCAUUCUUAUCACCAUUACAUGUAAUAUUUUUAAGAAGCAUUCCAAAGUUUACGAUGUUUGCACUUUAUAUAUUCAUCCGAACAUGUGAUAAUCCUAAUUUGGUGUUUUCGUGACAGUGAAACAAAGAACGGAUGGGUGGUGCUGCGAGGUUAUAGAAAAGAAAUGGGACCGCGAGGGAGUGCAUUCUUCAUCUGAUUAUUUGACGUCACCAUUAUACAUGUAUAUCUCUAGCCAUUCUAGCUAAUUAUUUAGUCUUUUUUAAUUGUGUUCAAAUGUAUGUGAGUUGAACGUCGCGUUUGGUUCCAAUACAAACUAUAUUACUUCCUCUUAAAUAGAACAGGUUUUUUUUAAAAAAUCAUCGGUUUCAUUUUGGUCGUAUAACAUUUUUAUGAUGAUAAACACAUUAAAUAGUGAAGCCCCACAAUGCCAGGGUUAAAUUUUGAUAUAAAUUUGUAUUUAAAAAAUGUACUAAAACAUCGAAUUGUUUGGUGUCUUUUCCCAUUCCCAUAAAAUAGUCAUAAACCGAACUCCCAUGGUAGCUAAACCAGACUAUAGGUCAUUGGAUUAUUAUGAGCAAUAUUGUAUUAAAUGGACAUAUUAGAUAAACAAAACUUCCGCCAAGAAAAAUGAUUUAUCUACUUUAUUAGCCUAUGUCAAAUGUUACAUCAAUGUUCAUUUUGUCUUUCGCACCGUUUUUACCUACAUUUUUAAAUUAAAUAGUUCGUUGUUAUCAUUUAUACACAGCGCAUUCUAAGUAACUGCACAGAAAAAUGGAAACCAAUUGUAAAACAUUUUAAGGUAUUAACUGAUACUAAUAGAGGUUUACGUCCCCUUCCACCUCGCAUGAUAUCGCAGAAAAUGUUUUAUCCGAUCAGCGGCCAAACUUAAACUGAUAUGGAUAUGACCAUUUGAUUGAAUAAUAUCUAAAAUAAUGUGUCUGGAAUAUAACAUACGGCUAAUGAAUAAGCUGCAUCCUUAAAGUAUGUUAGCUUGUAUUUUCGUGGAUACGGUCUCAGGUUUUCUGUAAUAUACACAUGUGUAACAAGAACAUCGGUUCUGUCCUAGAAUCUACAAUUUUACAGAUCUAAUGGGGAGAAAUUUGACCUAGAAUUAUAGUUCGAGGUUGUAUCCCACCCUUUAAUCUUGUAUGUGUGCUUUUGCAAUUUGAAUACUGUCUACCUGUUAAAAUUUCCACACAAUGACAGCAGCACUGUUCUAUAGCCGUAUAAUAGAUCUGUGUGCAAGGCUUUGAUGAAUCUAUUUAGAUUUCCAGACAAGACGUACUUUGAUAGAAUGAGUUUUUCUAUGUGUAAUUAACCUUUACACGUAAAAAUCUGUCCUUUACUUAGAUGCGUCCCUGAUUACUUGUACGAUAUAUUGAUAGAACAUGAUGCCAUUGCUAUACUACUGUAAUUCACUUAUCGUAUUUGCUUUGGAUUACAAAGUACAUAUCUCUUCAAAUCACAGCAAAUACUUACUUUUAAGCGUAUUAAAAAAUACGCUUAAAAGUAUUUUUAAAAUGAGAGUUUACAUUAUACUGUACUGAAAAAUAACCCAUACCAUUUUAUUUAAGCUCAAAAUAAGAUUGUCGUUUUGGUUGGAUUUUUUGUAUGCGACUUUGUUUUGUGGGAUCCAGGGGGAGGGAGGGGGGAUUAGCUACAUAAUUCUUUUUUGUAAAACAACACUUUCAUGAGAAAAGUGUCAAGGUCCUGUGCUUUAUCCUUUAUCAUCAUAUGGUAAGAUGGGGUGGACAUUCAAAGCGUGAGAUAAUGAUUGAUAUGGACAUAUGUGAUAUCACAAUUAAUGCUUUGCAUCAAUGAAAUUGAAUCACAAUGUGAUCGUAUUAUCUUAAUAAAAUUUGACGUCCAACGGAAUGUUGGGUUUCUCUUUAAAACACUCAGUGUGUAUGCAUGCCUACGUAAUUUGGAGACGAUGAUGGCAUCAUGCAUUGUCAACUGUCAAAUUUCCUUAACAGGAACCUGGCAAACCACCUCCUACAAAAAUUUCUAGAUCCGCCCCUGGGGAUGACAACCUGUCUUUCUUGAAAUGGUUAAGUCCUAUUUUAUUUCUUGUGAAAAGUUCAAGUCUAAAGACGAAGCCAUAACCGAUUUAGUGUUUCACUGUCGACCCAGAUAUUAAAAAAUACUAAUAAUAGCAAACAAUCUGGCUUUCGAUAAAACGAACGCUUGCUGCAUUACUUAUCUAAAUAAAAAUCAGAUCAAUAUUUUGAAGGUUGUUUUAGAUACUUUUUUGCCGCGGAAUGACGUUCUUUACUCACUGUUCAAACAAUCAUAUUAUUAUAUUCAUUUUAAGGACAAUAAUCUUGAAACAAGUUAAGUUAAAGAUUUGUCGAUAAUUUGUGGGUGGCUGUAUUUUUUAAAGUAACGAUUCUUUGAUUCAAACUCAAACUUGUUUCUAUUGAACAAUGUCAUUAUUUUCUUAAUCAUUUCUUACGGGGCAUACAUUUACAUUGUAGCCUUUGAAAAGAAUCAAAAUGUUGUUAUCUAUUAUUGUCAUUGUUUGUAAAAUAGUGUCCAUAUACCAUCAUUGUUAUAAACACAUUAUUUUAUAUAUGUACAGAAUUUCUUCACCACAAAUAUUGUUUGUAUAUAGGCCUA